AUGGGCCAGCCUUCCUCCCGGCCGAAGCCGCGUUUGGGGCCUGGGCCUCCUUCGUCAGCAGAGGAGCUGCUGGUAAACCCGCGUGUACAGGAAGCCAUUCUGCAGGCCAUCCAGGCAGAGCAAGCAGCUGCGAAUUCACUUGAGCGUCCGAAGCGCCGGACGAGCACCAGCGAUGCCAGCAAGCUCCGCCUAGAGAUCGACGAGAUCCUCGGCAGAAGCUGGCAAGUCUAUGGCGCUUCAAACACCUGGGUCGACAUGGGCUCGGAGGCUCGAGAAGCCAUUCAGGAGGCUGUUCUCCUGGGUCGCACCUCGUGCCGUUAUCGGUGGGCUGGAACAGAGUACGAAAUUGCUCUGGACACUCGCAAGCAGACCAAUCUGCAGACCGGCACGCAGAGGGACAUUCGUCUGGCUCCUGCAGAUGCCGGGCAAUCCCUGGCGCGUGGGUCAGAUCAACAGGAGGCAUCGCUGGGUCGUCGUCCGAGCCUCCGGCGCACGACCAGCGGACAAGCGCCCUCCAGCAAGACCAUGGCCGAGCUGCGUUCCCUCGAGCUUUGCUGCAAGCUGGAUGGCCGGAAGUUCGAGGACCCAGACUUCCCACCGGUUGUGGGUAGCCGGGUGACCGGUUGGAGACGGCCGCAGGAGCUUACGCACCACGAUGGUCGACCCCUUGCGGCCAAUGAGGACUGGCAGCUUCUGCGAGGCCGCCCCCGUGCAGAGGAUGUGCGGCAGGGAGAGCUCGGCGACUGCUGGUUCCUCUCCUCGCUGGCAGCUUUGGCUGAGUACCAGGAUGGCCGCUUUCUGCGGGCGCUCCUCCCAGAGCAGAGUUCGCUCAGCCCCGCGGGCAUUUACAUGGUCCGGCUUUGCUUGGGUGGCUUCUGGCGGGAAGUCAUCGUGGACGACCGGCUCCCCAGCUUGGGUGGAGGCCAGUAUCAUCAGCAGCUCGCCUACUGCUCCACACUGCGGCUGCAGCUCUGGGCCAGCAUCAUUGAGAAGGCUUUUGCCAAAGCUUGCGGGUCGUACGAAGCCUUGGUGGGAGGUCAGCCCAGCGAAGCUUUGGCGGUACUCACGGGAUGGCCCUGCAUGGUUAUCUCGUUUGGGCGAAAGGACUUCGAUGCUGACUUGAUGUGGGCUUCGCUCUGUUCGUCCUACAGUGCCGGCUUCCUUCUGACGUGCUCCACCGGCCGCGGGGAGGAGCUCAGGUCUGAGGUUGGCCUGGCGCCGAACCACGCCUACUCCCUCAUGGCAGUCCACGAGGUCACCACCGCGGACGGUCAGGUGCGACUGCUCCAAAUUCGCAACCCGCACGCGCGCUGCGCAUGGAAGGGGGCCUGGUCCCAGCGGAGCGGCCACUGGACGCCGGAGCUGCGCUCGAAACUCCGAUACCCAGCCGAUGAUGAUGCUGGCAUGUUCUUCAUGGCGAUGCCGGACUUCAUCAUCUACUUCGACCAGUGCACCAUCUGCCAGAUCCAUGGCACGGAGUGGUGCGAAGCGCGCGUGGCGGUGCCGUUGCCAUCACAGGAGGUGCCGCGCUCCGGACUCGCUUUGGAGGCCUGUGGCGCCACUGCGCAAUGCCUCGUGAGCCUGGCGCAGCCGGAGGAGCGAGCUCGCGGAGGAUAUUUCUACAACCAUCUCUUCGAGCAGCUUGCGAGCAUGGGCCUCGUGAUCCUCAACAUGAAGACUCAUCCCCCUUCCCUUGUUGCUGCCAGCGGUCUCAAGAACCGGGGCGUCGUGGGCACAGACUGCUGGCUGCGGCCUGAGGACGAAUACCUCCUAGUUCCUAUGUGCUUGAAUUCUGGUUCUUCCCUAAGUGCUGCGGUGGCGGUGAUGAGCAGCCUGCCGGUGGUGGUAGAAGAGCGCUCGUUGGACCGCCAAGCCGUGAUGUUUGCCUGGGCGGCAUACGCCAAGAGUGGAAAGCCAGCGGACAAGAGCUCUUUGAACGGCGCUGAUCUGUACAUCCGGAUCUCCGAAGGCCUCGUCGUGUUGGCGGAAAACCGCUCACGCGGCUACAUGCAUGUGGAGCUGACCUGCGAGAGCAGCAGUCUCCAGUUCUCUCGAGGUCUGUGUGCAUCUGUGGACUGCAUCGCCCCUGGCUAUGCCCAGCUUCUACAGGUGGCCCUGCCGUCGGAGGCGGGUGCAUCAUGGAGCUUGUCGCGGCGAAUCUCGGUACAGAUGUCGCCUCCGGCGCCACCGUGGAAUCAGCCAGAACUGACUCCAAACCAACCCUUUGCAUGGCUGCACCAGCCUUUCAAGCUGUAG